AAUGCGGUAAAUGUCAAGUUUUAGCCAUCAGACGAAUAGUAAAUAAAACACACAUGAAAAGUUCAAAUAUUUUAAUAAAGAAUUUUGUUUACAUGUGAAAUUUAUAGCGCUAUAUUGCUCACAACAAACAGUACCACAAUUCAGCAGUCCACAUUAUUGUUUUAAUCAAAAUACCGACAGGUUAACACAUUUUUAUAAAGUAAAAUAUUAUAAUUUUAUAAAGAUGAAUGAAAGUAAAAGCGGAAGAGUGCUACUCCCUGGUGAUAAGUUACCAAUUUUGCACGAUGUAUCGAAAAUAAAUAAAGUAGUUGUUGGUCCGGGGAUAGGUUGUUUAAGCACGCAUUGUCAAAGUGAAGUUGCUGCUAAAUUGACUUACAGGAGUCCAAAUAUAUAUUAUAUGAGUGGGUUCGGUAAUCGAUACGAACCUGUACGUGGUGACAAUGUUAUUGGUGUUGUCAUGAAUAAAUCAACAGAUAACUUCCGCAUUGAAAUUAACUCAUAUGAACAGGUUUCAUUGGAUUAUCUAGCAUUUGAAGGUGUCACAAAGAAAAAUCGCCCUGAUUUGGAUGUAGGCGAUUUGGUUUAUGCACGUAUAUUAAGCAGUGGUCCCAUGUAUGAAGCUGAAGUAGUAUGUGUAGACGCUGUGGGUAAACAGAGACGAAUGGGCAAAUUACCUGAUGGAGGCUAUGUCUUUGAUUGUCUGUUAAGUACUUGCCAACUGAUAUUGAAUAAAGAGUGUACAUUUCUUAGUGAACUGACAAAGCAUUUUACUUUCGAAAUUGCUGUUGGCUUAAAUGGAAGAAUUUGGGUAAAGUCAAAAUACCCAAAAGACACAAUGGCAAUUGUGAAUGCUAUUUUAAGUUUUCAAUAUAUGCCAGAGGAUAUGUUUAAAGAUUUGUGUCAAAGUGCGUCAGAUAGCGCUUUUGGUUAUGACUAAUUUAACAUAGGUCUUUCUUUAAUUUAAUUUGCAUACAAAAUUUUCUA